AAGCGGUAUAAAAGCCCGAGCUGGUUCAUCCCUGUCAGUGGCACUCUCAGAAACGACAGAGAUACAGACGCAGAGAACCGAUAUUCACCUCGAGUAUCUUCUGGUAGUGGUCUUCUCAAGCCGUUUGUUAGCAUCACCUUCUGUCAAGAAGGACACAAGGAAAAGAUUCAUCUUUAAAACCUUCACCACAGGAAACCUGGAGGGAAAGGCUCUCCUAACAUCUCAGAAGACGAACGCCCAACCCUUGCCAUCCAGAUACAUGGCUGCACGUCCAAUGGAGACGGUGGGUUUCGCCGUUCUACCCGCACACGUCUUGGCAUCGGCCAUGGAGGAGUUUCCCCAGCAGCUACCGGUCCCCAAGUGUCUGGCUCGGGGCCGAAACCGUCCCCGACGACCCCGAGACGCCCGCUUUAAGACCCAGCCGGUGACUUUUGCAGAGAUCGCCGAAGUGGAGGAGGAAGGGGCUUCGCCUCUAGAGGAAGAACGGGCGAGGCGGUCCUUCCUUCAGUCGCUGGAGAGUCUCAGGAGAAGCACGCAGACCUUGCACCACACGGGAUCCACACAGAGCUGCCGCACCGAGUCUGCACAGGCUAGUCUGGACUCCAGUGACUCAGACUCGGCACAAUGAGAGAGAAGGAUGACUGGACUGGAAUUCAAAGCAUUUCGCUCAUAUCUUCCUGUUAAAUUCCUCAUUCAUAUCCGUUAAUCUAUAGUAGUUGAUAUGCAUCAUAAAUGUGCAGAUUCCAGUCGAGUAACACUGGCACAAUAAUUGUUUACCUCUUCAGCAAGAGCAAAGUUGUAGCACGUUGGGAGAUUUCAGAAACAACGUAAAUGCUUACGCAAAUUCCUUUUUUUAUCGUACGAGACUCGAGGACCGGUGAGGUUUCAUCUGUAAUGAACUUGACAAGAAACAUGAUUCCGAUUUCAUUUUAAUAGACUGAUGUUAUUCAUAUCCCUUGUGCCUGCUUAAGAUUGCACAGUCGAAUGGGUUUUCCACUGCUGGGCAGGAUGUAAACUGUCACAUUUUGUUAUAAUUCAUUGCUGAGUUGAUGAACAAACUAAAAGAGGUACAACAGAGAUACUGAGAUGUAUUUUUAGAGAAAAUAAUCCGCGUUCAGACAAGGUUUUAACCCUGAUGUCCAAGUCUGCCAAAAUGGAGAACUUAUUGUACUUUUCAAAUGUAUCUUAUAUUUAUUCGCAGAUUAUUUUGUUAUAACAUAGUGAUUUCUAGAGAAUUGUUCUGUUGACACUGUGGACUUGUAAAGUCACUAUCACUGUAUGUAAGAGAAAAAAGCCUUUAUACUUCAAUUUGACUUUAUUAUCUUUGUUAAUUUGUUUCAUACUUUCUUUCAUAGUUAUAUAAAUAAACUUUAUAACAUUGGA